UUUAUUUAGCUCCUAAAGAGCUGUCUAGUGUCCGACUUUUACUUGUAUUGUAUUUUUUAAACUCAGUGUUGUGAAUGAUUUUUUUUUAAAUUAGUCAUCACCAAACCCGUUUUCCUCAAAUUACUUUCUACGUUUUAAGUAUAGAACAUUUGUCGGAUAUUUACAAAAACCAUUGCUUUUGGGCAAUACAAGUUUCAGAUUAUCCAGUUUGAUUUCAAUGAAUGAAUCAACAGAAGAAUGUUCUCCAUUUAAAGAUAGAAAAAAAAAAACUCAUAUGUCGCUUAAUGAUAAAAAACGACUUGCCCGUGAAAAGGCUGAGCAGUAUAAUAGUAAUGGCAGACCUUUACGUCAGUAUCACAUGCUCACUGCUGAAGAGGUUAAACAGGGAAAGGAAACUCAUUGGGAAGAAUUGGAAAUUAUUGGCAAUGUUAAAAGUCUAAGUUCAACCUUAUGGCAUAUGACAACUUUAACGGGACUCUAUCUAAAUGACAAUCAAUUAACCCGGUUACCCCCAGAUAUAUCAAAUCUUGUUAGUUUACAAUAUCUUGAUUUGUCUGGAAAUAAACUGCGAAGUUUACCUGCUGAACUUGGUGAAUUAAUUUAUCUCAGAGAAUUGCAUUUGGGAUAUAAUUUGUUGAGAUCAUUACCGCAUGAGUUAGGACGUUUAUUCCAACUGCAAGUAUUAGGGUUAGCUGGUAAUCCUUUAUGUCAAGAAGUAAUGAAGUUACAUAGUGAACCAAAUGGCACUCAUAGACUGCUUAUGUAUCUUUUAGAUAGCUUACAAGUGAGAGUACCCGUGCCUCCGGGAAGACCGUGGAUACCUCUAUCUAGACCAAACAAGAAUAUACCUUCUUGUCCUGUAACGGUGAUGUGUUAUAACGUUUUAUGCGAAAAAUAUGCUACCACUCAAAUGUACGGAUAUUGCCCAUCUUGGGCUCUUUCGUGGGACUACCGUAAAAAAGUUAUUUUAGGCGAAAUUCGUCAUUACACUGCAGACAUUAUUACUUUACAGGAAGUUGAAACGGAUCAAUUUUAUAAUUUCUUUUUACCGGAACUUAAAAAGGAUGGAUACGAUGGUGUAUUCUCCCCCAAGUCGAGAGCCAAGACUAUGUCCGAAAACGACCGUAAACGAGUUGAUGGAUGUGCAAUAUUCUACCGAGCGAUCAAAUUUACAUUAAUCAAAGAACAUUUGAUAGAAUUCAAUCAACUAGCUAUGGCCAAUUCGUGUGGUUCGGACGACAUGCUUAACAGAGUGAUGCCCAGGGACAAUAUUGGUCUAGCUGCCUUACUGAAAACUAACGAAACUGCAUGGGAAAACUCUCUACCAUCAGAAGUCCAACAGCCUAUACUCGUUUGUACUGCUCACAUCCAUUGGGAUCCAGAAUUCUGUGAUGUCAAACUUAUUCAAAUUAUGAUGUUAGCUAAUGAAUUAAACACUAUUUUGGAAGACGCUAAUCGAAAUUAUCGUUCUGUGAAUCACCAUCAGCCACCAAUACAAUUAUUAUUGUGUGGUGAUUUCAAUUCUUUGCCAGAUUCUGGGGUGAUAGAAUUUUUAUCUGCUGGAAAGGUAUCGUCAGACCAUCAAGAUUUUAAAGAUCUGCAGUAUAAGACUCUUUUACAAAAGAUUUCUACUUGUGAUAGACCAAAUGAGUUUAUGCAUUCAUUCAAGUUAUCCUCUGCUUAUGAAAACAUUAUGCCUUUUACAAAUUAUACAUUCAAUUUCAAAGGAAUCAUUGAUUAUAUAUUCUACACUAGGCAGACAAUGACUCCACUUGGUUUGCUUGGUCCAUUGGCUCCUGAAUGGUUUAAGGACAAUAAAGUUCUUGGUUGUCCACACCCUCAUAUACCAUCUGAUCAUUUUCCAUUAUUAGUAGAAUUUGAAUUGUCACCAAACGCACACCAAAACAAUUCUAACGGGUUGAUUGGUCGUAGAUAGCAAGGUGAAAGAUUGAGAAUUAUGAAAAAACAUUAACCACCAAUAAUCAAUGUACGUACGUGUUACAAAUCCUUGACACAAUGUACUAUCAGUUAAUCAUUUUAGUUACUGUAUCUUUCCUUUGUGUCUUUCUAUCAUAUCUCAUUGGCUUCAUAUGCAGAUAAUCUGUUUCUAAAAGAAUCCCAUGACUACUUUAAGCUUUUCUCAUUAUUUUUUUUUUCAUGAACAAAUAUAUAAAACUUAAG